ACAUCUGAUGCCAACGUGAUCCCGUCCCGACCAUCCCCCGCGGCGGAACAGCUGCUGCACGGAGGAGAGGGACUCCACUGUCCAGUCCAGUCGUCCCUUGCAAGCAAGCAAGAGGCAGGGGAGGGACCCUUGCGUUGCGCUGCCCUUCCCAGCUUCCCUUCCCCGAAUGGUAUCGUGCGACCUCUAGUCGUCGCCAGCCACCUCUCCUCCCCCCCCCCUCUCCUCUCCAUCUCCACCACCAGGCUAGCUGUCUGCUCGCCCUCCCCACCCAGGACCAUGCCGGGCCUCGCCGCCUCCGACAACUCGCCCCCAUCGGCGGCGCCACCGCCACGGCGGCUCUCAUCGCCACUCCCCCGCCGGGCGCCGCCGUCCCCGUCUCCCUCGGCCUCCUCGCGCGCCAAGCCACGGAAGCCCUCUCCCUCGCCCGCUCCAGCACCCGACGCCGACGACUCGCUCGACAACCCGGAUCUGGGCCCGUUCCUCCUCAAGCAGGCACGGGACGCCAUGGUGUCGGGUGAGGGCGGCGGCGCCGCGCGCGCGCUCGAGUUCGCCGAGCGUGCCGCCAGGGCGCUCGAGCGACGCGGCGAGGGCGCCGAGCUCGAGCUCGCCAUGAGCCUCCAUGUCGCCGCCGCUAUACACUGUGGACUCGGUCGACACGCCGACGCCAUUCCUGUUCUCGAGCGCGCCGUCGCCGUCGUCACGCCGCCGCCGCCAGAGGCGCCUGCUGCUGACGGCGAGGGGGAGGGGGUGGGCGAGGCGGCUGGCGGCGGCGGCGACGACCAGCAGCGUGCUGAGCCUGACCAGAGGGGCGAGGAGUGGUCCCUUGCUGCCUUCUCUGGAUGGAUGCAGCUCGGCGACACGCACGCCAUGCUCGGACGCAUGGAUGAGUCCAUUGCCUGCUAUGGCAAGGGGCUCGAGAUCCAGAUGGCCGCGCUCGGCGAGCGCGAUCCCCGCGUCGCCGAGACCUGCAGGUACCUUGCGGAAGCACAUGUGCAAGCUCUGCAGUUCGACGAGGCAGAGAAGCUGUGCCGCAAAGCCCUCGAGAUCCACCGGGAGCACAGUGCUCCAGCAUCCCUCGAGGAGGCCUCGGACCGCCGCCUGAUGGCCCUCAUCCUGGACGCCAAGGGCGACUACGACGGUGCCCUUGAGCACCUCGUGCUUGCCUCGAUGACCAUGGUUGCCAACGGCCGUGACAUCGAGGUUGCCACCAUUGACGUCGCCAUAGGCAACACCUACCUCGCCCUCGCCCGCUUCGACGAGGCCGUCUUCUCCUACCAGAAGGCGCUGACUGUUCUCAAAUCGGCCCGUGGCGACGACCAUCCGACGGUAGCGUCAGUCUACGUCCGCCUUGCUGACCUUUACCACCGGACAGGCAGGCUCCGCGAGUCCAAAUCCUACUGCGAGAACGCCCUGCGUGUCUAUGCCAAGCCCGCGCCUGGUGCUGCUCCUGAUGAGAUUGCUGGAGGCUUGAUGGAGAUUGCUGCCAUCUAUGAGGCACUUGGUGAUCUCGAUGAGGCCCUAAAGCUUCUUCAGAGGGCGCUCAAGUUGCUUGAGGACUCACCGGGGCAGUGGAGCACCGUUGCUGGUAUUGAGGCACAAAUGGGUGUUCUGUACUACAUGGUGGGGAGGUAUGCAGAUUCAAGGAACUCAUUUGAGAGCGCGGUUGCAAAGUUGAGGGCCAGUGGUGAGAGGAAGUCAGCAUUUUUCGGCGUUCUAUUGAACCAGAUGGGGCUAGCUUGCGUGCAGCUGUUCAAGAUAGAUGAGGCUGCACAGUUGUUUGAGGAGGCAAGGGCAGUUCUGGAGCAGGAGUGUGGCGCUUCUCAUCCUGAUACUCUUGGUGUGUACAGCAACCUUGCUGCAAUCUAUGAUGCCAUGGGAAGAGUGGAGGAUGCAAUUGAGAUCCUGGAGCACGUGCUGAAGGUGAGGGAAGAGAAGCUUGGCACAGCGAACCCAGAUGUGGAGGAUGAGAAGAAGCGGCUGGCGGAGCUCCUGAAAGAGGCAGGGCGGUCCCGAAACCGGAAGCAGAAGUCGCUGGAGAACCUGUUCGUGACCAACUCGCAGCGGGCGAAGAAGGAGGCCGGGAGGAGGUGGUCCAACUUCGGGUUCAGGAGCUGAGGAGCUACAUCGAUGGUAGACGUCACCUGGCGGCGGUGGCCUUUGUAACAUAAAGGAGGAAAGUGAAAGGGAAAGGAAAAGGAAAGAAAGCACGUGUAAAAAUGUUGUUGUAGGUUAUUAUUGUUAGGAAGGUGAUGAUGAUUGUGUUUGCUGUUGGUGUAUGUGUGGCACUGCAUUACUGUUAUUGUCUUGGGGUUAUUUUCGAGUUAAAUUUGUUUUUUUAUAUGUCGCGGUUAUUAUUAACUGGGUGCUGUUGUACCUUGAGAAGAGAAUAUUGUCUUUGUGGUGGACUGGUGGUGAUUGGUGAUGUAGCUGGUGAGAAUACCUGUGAUUGUUUGGUGGUGCAAUUGCUUCCA